AUGGCAGCGGCAACAACAGCGAACAAAUCACCGCAGCAGCAACAUGAACAGCAGCAGCAGCAACUGCAACAGAGCCCCUGCCUUCUGAUAGUCGUGUUGGGACUGCUCUCAAUGCUGGCGGGGAACUGUGUCAAUGGGCAAAUCGAUGGCUAUAUUGCUGGAGAGGAUUACCCCGCCUACGAUGCAGUGCCCAAGGGUUUGGCCUUCAAUUGUCAGGGUCGCCAGCCGGGCUACUAUGCGGACACAGAGACGCGUUGUCAGGUGUGGCAUUGGUGCCUCCAUUCGGGCCAUCAGUACUCCUUCCUCUGCCCCAAUGGCACUGUCUUCAACCAGGCCGUCCGUGUCUGCGAUUGGUGGUCAAAUGUUAACUGCGCCGGCUCGGAGCAGCUCUACCAGAACAACGACGAACUCUAUCGCAUUCCCGAGAAGCAGCAGUCGUCGAGUGAUGUAUGAUAUGAGGCCGAUGAUGAGUAUAAGAUUGGGACAGCAACAAACGGAACUACAACACAACAGCGCGGAGGCAGACAGCGGCAAUUUCAAAAGCAACAGCAGCAACAUCAGGAGAAACAGCAACAGCAGCAGCAGCAGCAGCAACAGCAGCAGCAGCAACAGCAACAGCAGCAACAUCAACUCAACAGCAACAAUAGAAUCAUAGAUAGCAGCAACUACAGUAAAAUGACCAAAAAUAGCUUUAGAGGUAGCAUGAGAUUUACCACACCAAGUACCAAUCCUCAAUCGUCGUACUCAUCAUCACAGCAGCAGCAACAGGAGCAGCAACAGGAGCAGCAACAGCAGCAGCAACAUAAAUCUAGUAAAAAUAGCGAAAGAAAAUCAAAGCCUAGCAGUAGCAGUAAGCCCAAUAGACUUAGCCAUAGCGAUAGGGAAAGCAACCGCAACCAAACUAGAACUAGGAAUCGCACAAACAGCAAUAGCCAGCAUCAAGGGAAGAAAAAGAACCCAAGCAAUAGCAAUAGCAACACACAAAAUCCACACAACAAUUCCCGAGGCAAACAGCGCUAUAAUACUAACAAAUUCGAAAAUGAUGCAGAGCUCAAGGACUACAAGAGCAAGAUCAAGAACAAAUACAACAUCGAUUAUGAUCAUUCUUUGGAUGAAGAAUAUGAAAUAAUCGAGGCCAUUGAAUGA